CGGCACCGCCCGGGAAGCUGCGCGAGGCUCGGCGACCGCCACCACAUCCUCCUCCUUUCGCGGUCCAGGCGAGCUGAGUCGGGCCAGGGCGAAGAGGAAGGCUCCGACGGCGCGGGCGAGUGGAACGCCGAGCCAUGGCGCACCAGACGGGCAUCCAUGCCACUGAAGAGCUGCAGGAAUUCUUUGCCAAGGCACGGGCUGGUUCCAUCAGGCUCAUCAAAGUCGUCAUUGAAGACGAACAGCUCGUGCUGGGUGCCUCACAGGAGCCAGUGGGCCGCUGGGACCAGGACUACGACCGGGCAGUGCUGCCUCUGCUGGAUGCCCAACAGCCUUGCUACCUCCUCUUCCGCCUCGACUCUCAGAAUGCUCAGGGCUUCGAGUGGCUCUUCCUCGCCUGGUCACCAGAUAACUCCCCUGUGCGACUGAAGAUGUUGUACGCCGCCACACGGGCCACAGUAAAGAAGGAAUUUGGCGGCGGCCACAUCAAGGACGAGCUCUUUGGGACAGUGAAGGAUGACCUCUCCUUGGCUGGGUACCAGAAACACCUGUCUUCGUGCGCGGCGCCUGCCCCGCUGACCUCGGCUGAGAGGGAGCUGCAGCAGAUUCGGAUCAACGAGGUGAAGACGGAGAUCAGUGUGGAAAGCAAGCACCAGACCCUGCAGGGCCUUGCCUUCCCUCUGCAGCCCGAGGCCCAGCGGGCAUUGCAGCAGCUCAAGCAGAACCUGAUCAAUUACAUCCAGCUGCGGUUGGACCUGGAGCGGGAGACCAUUGAGCUGGUGCACACAGAGCCCACAGAUGUGGCCCGUCUGCCCUCACGGGUGCCCAGGGAUGCUGCCCGCUACCACUUCUUCCUGUACAAGCAUACCCAUGAGGGUGACCCCCUCGAGUCUGUCGUGUUCAUCUACUCCAUGCCGGGAUAUAAGUGCAGCAUCAAAGAGCGCAUGCUCUACUCCAGCUGCAAGAGCCGCCUCCUUGACUCCGUCGAGCAGGACUUCCAGCUGGAGAUCUCCAAGAAGCUCCCCUGCCACGGGGCCCUGCACCCCUUGUCUCUUCUGGUGCAGGCUGCAGCAUUAGCUGAGGCCCUGGCCCUGGGCACCCUGCCUGCCUUCCUACCCUGUGAGCUGCAGCCCUACGGCCUGGUGAACUGCAACUGGCUGUUCUUGAAGUCCGUGCCCCGCUUCUCGGCGGCAGCGCCCCGGGCCAACGUCACCAGCCUUUCGCUGCUCUCCAACCGUAUCCACCACCUCCAUAACUCCGACUUUGUCCACCUGCCCAACCUGCGAAGGCUCAACCUCAAGUGGAACUGCCCGCCAACCGGCCUGAGCCCCAUGAACUUCCCCUGUCACAUGACCAUCGAGCCCAACACCUUUCUGGCUGUGCCCACCCUGGAGGAGCUGAACCUGGGCUACAACAGCAUCACUACCAUACCCCCACUGCCCAGUUCCCUGGUGAACCUGACCCUGAGCCACACCAACAUCCUGGUGCUAGAUUCCACCAGCCUCGUAGGUCUGCACAGCCUGAGUUCCCUCUUCAUGGACGGCAACUGCUACUACAGGAAUCCCUGCAGAGGGGCGGUGGAGGUGACCCCCGGUGCCCUCCUGGGCCUGGGCAACCUCACCCACCUGUCGCUCAAGUACAACAACCUCACGGAGGUGCCCCGCCAUCUGCCCCCCAGCCUGGAGUACCUGCUGCUGUCUUACAACCACAUCGUCAGGCUGACACCCAAGGACCUGGCCAAUCUCACCUCCCUGCGAGUGCUCGACGUGGGCGGCAACUGCCGCCGCUGCGACCACGCCCCCAACCCCUGUGUGGAGUGCCCGCUACCCUCCCUCCAGCUGGACUCUGACACCUUCCGCCACCUUAGCCGUCUGGAAGGCCUGGUGUUGAAGGACAGUUCUCUGCACACACUGAACCCUAGGUGGUUCCAGGGUCUGGAAAAUCUCUCAGUGCUGGACCUGAGCGAGAACUUCCUCUACGAGUGCAUCACCUGGACUAAAGCCUUCCACAGCCUGGUGCACCUACGCAAGCUCAACCUAUCCUUCAAUUACCGGAAGAGGGUAUCCUUUGCCCGAAGGCAUCUGGCGCCCUCUUUCGGGAGCCUGAAAUCUCUGGAGGAGCUGAACUUGAACGGUAUCUUCUUCCGCCUGCUCAACGAGAACACCCUGAGGCCGCUGGCCGGUCUACCCCGGCUCCAGACGCUGCACCUGCAGAUGAACUUUAUCAACCAGGCCCAGCUGGGCAUCUUCGGCGCCUUCCUUGCCCUGCGCUUCGUGGACCUGUCGGACAACCGGAUCAGCGGCCCUUUAAUGCCACCGGCCCUCACCAGCAACGGCGGCCCAAGGGAUGGGGAGUGGACACGUCCGUGGCCCGAGGAUCUCACUCCCGCCCUACUGGAUGCCCCUGGCUCUAAGGAUCUCAUGCGCAGCUGCAGGAACCUCAAGUUCACUCUGGAUUUGUCCCGGAACAACCUGGUGGCCGUGCAGCCGGAGAUGUUUGCCAACCUGUCGCGCCUCCGGUGUCUGAGCCUGAGCCACAACAGCAUCGCACAGGCAGUCAACGGCUCCCAGUUCUUGCCGCUGACCAGCCUGCAGGUGCUGGACCUGUCCUACAACAAGCUGGACCUGUACCACGGGCAGUCGUUCACCGAGCUGCCCAGACUCCAGGCCCUCGAUCUGAGUUACAACAGCCAGGCCUUCAAAAUGCAGGGCGUGGGCCACAACCUCAGCUUUGUGGCUCAACUGCCCAGCCUCCGCUAUCUCAGCCUGGCACACAACGACAUCCACAGCAGAGUGUCCUCGCGGCUUUGCAGCAGCUCGCUGAAGAUCCUGGACUUCAGUGGCAACGCCGUGGGCCGGAUGUGGGCCGAGGGCGACCUGUACCUCCACUUCUUCCAAGGCCUGCGAGGCCUGCUCCAGCUGGACCUGUCCCUGAAUCGUCUCCACAUCUUCAUAUCCCGCAACGUAGGCAGUCUGCCCAAGAGCCUGCGGGUGCUGCGUCUCCGGGACAAUUACCUGGCCUUUUUCAACUGGAGCAGCUUGGCCCUCCUGCCCAACCUAGAGGUCCUGGACCUGGCAGGAAACCAGCUGAAGGCCUUGACCAACGGCAGCCUGCCUAAUGGCACGCUGCUCCGGAGGCUGGACCUCAGCAGCAACAGCAUCGGUUCUGUGACUCCGGCCUUCUUCGCCCUGGCUGUGGGGCUGAAAGAGCUCAACUUGAGCAAUAACGCCCUCAAGACGAUCGAGCGCUCCUGGUUUGGGCCUGUGGUGGGCAGCCUGACCAUCCUGGACGUGAGGGCCAACCCUCUGCACUGUGCCUGCGGGGCGGCCUUCGUGGACUUCCUGCUCGAGGUGCAGCAUGCUGUGCCCGGCCUGCCCAGCCACGUGAGGUGUGGCAGUCCCGGCCAGCUGCAGGGCCUCAGUAUCUUCGCCCAAGACCUGAGACUGUGCCUGGAUGAGGCCCUCUCCUGGGCAUCCUUUGCCAUCUCGCUGACGGUUCUGACCCUGGGCCUGGUGAUCCCCACGCUGCAGCAUCUCUGCGGCUGGGACGCGUGGUACUGCUUCCAUCUGAUCCUGGCUUGGCUUCCCCUGAAGGGCCGGCGCCGUGCCCACGCCCUGCCCUACGAUGCCUUCGUGGUGUUCGACAAGGCGCAGGGCUCCGUGGCCGACUGGGUGUACAACGAGCUGCGGGUGAGGCUGGAGGAGAGGCGCGGGCGCCGGGCGCUGCGCCUGUGCCUGGAGGACCGGGACUGGCUGCCGGGCAAGACGCUCUUCGAGAACCUCUGGGCGUCCAUCUACGGCAGCCGCAAGACGCUCUUCGUGCUGGCCCACACCGACAGGGUCAGCGGCCUCCUGCGCACCAGCUUCCUGCUGGCCCAGCAGCGCCUCCUGGAAGACCGCAAGGACGUGGUGGUGCUGGUGAUCCUCCGCCGCGAUGCCCACCGCUCGCGCUACGUGCGCCUGCGCCAGCGCCUCUGCCGUCGCAGCGUUCUCUUCUGGCCCCAUCAGCCCAGCGGCCAAGGCAGCUUCUGGGCACAGCUGAGCACUGCCCUGACCAGGGACAACAGGCAUUUCUAUAACCGGAACUUCUGCCGGGGACCCACGGCCGAAUAG